AUGCCACCCGCCUCUCGAGCGCAGGCGGAGCUCCAGCACCAGAAAAACAAACUUGCCAACUCGUACAGCGAACUUCUCGACGAGUUCAACAGCAAAGACCUUCGUACCGUUGGCAACUACACCGUCGGCCGCCUGAUUGGCAAAGGCUCGUUUGGCAAGGUCUAUCUGGCCUCCCACAAACUCAUCAAUGGCUCAAAGGUUGUGCUCAAGUCGGCCAAGAAGGACGACGCCAACCUCGCUCGCGAGAUCCACCACCAUCGCCAAUUCCUCCACCCGCACAUCGCCCGUCUUUACGAAGUCAUAGUCACCGAGUCGCUGGUAUGGUUGGUUCUGGAAUGGUGUGCUGGCGACGAGCUGUAUAACCACCUGCUCGAACAUGGUCGCAUGGAAGAAGGAAAGGUUCAAAAGAUCUUCACACAACUGGUCGGCGCCGUCUCGUACGUCCAUUCGAAAUCGUGUGUCCACCGCGACUUGAAACUGGAGAACAUCUUGCUCGACAAGCACGGCAACGUCAAGUUGGUCGACUUUGGCUUCACGCGCGAGUACCAAGGCUCGACCAGCUACUUGCAGACAUGGUGUGGUACGGUGUGUUAUAGCGCACCUGAGAUGCUCAAGGGAGAAAAAUACGCGGGUGAAAAGGUUGAUGUUUGGAGUUUGGGUAUCAUCCUGUACGCUCUGCUGUGUGGAGAGCUGCCGUUUGACGACGACGACGAGAACGACACAAAACAGCGCAUUCUCAAGGAGGAUCCCAAAUACCCCGAAUACGUUCCCGAAGGCGCAAAGGAUUUGAUGUCGAAACUGCUGUCGCGACGACCUCUUAUUCGACCUGCACUCGCUGAUGUCCUCCGCCACUCGUGGCUUCAAGAACACGCUCCUCAACAGCAGGAAAUAUUGAAAGUCCUACAACCUCCGCCUUUCAGCACCGACCUCGAAAAGCAAACCUUGGGACGCAUGCGUAGCGCCGGCGUUAACAUCGACCACGUUAUCGAGAAUGUCCUGGGACAACGAUGCGAUCCACUGGCUGGCUGGUGGGGCCUGCUCAUUGAGAAAGAGGAACGAAAAGAGAGGAGGAGGCAACGGAAACGAAGAGAAAGAGAGGCCGAAGCCAGGAGCAUACGAAGACUGAGUGCCUCCAGCAGUCGUCUGUUGAACGCUCCAAGUCUGAGGGAGAUCACAGAGGAAGAGCAAGCAAAGCACACGUUAACUUCACCAAAGACUAGAGGUCGGGGUGUGAGUAGGUCUAGCGCUGCACCACCUGAUCUGCCGAGAGUCACCGAGGGCAAGACGCCCGAGCCCGAUGAAAAACCACCACCGCCUGUGGAGAAAGACCAGCGGCGACGGUCUCUCUCAAUCACCUCGUCGAGCUGUGGUCCGGCUUUGCCACCGAAAGACGUACCCAAAAGACCUCGUGCGGCCAGUAGAAACAGUUCCCAAAUGCUACAGGUCACGCACACCAAGAUCGACCAUCUGACGGUGCCUCCGUUCCAUCAAAAGCUCAAGAAGCGUCCUUUCAAGGAUCAACUCGCUCACCUCAAAUCUUGGUUCAAAGUCAGCAGUGGGAAGAUUUCCAAGAAGGAUUCCCAGGAAACAGUUGAUACGCAGUUAGCGACUGCGCGGAAAGCGUCCAUGCCUUCAAGUCAACGAAGAGGCUCUGCUAAUGAUCUUCUGACCGAUCCACGAAAAAGUCCAAGGCCGGACAUGCCUACACGGACGACGUACCCCGUUCGCCCACGCAUCUCCACUGCAUCAUCAUAUGGUUCCACGGGAUCUCGGGGUCAUGGCGGUAACAGACCAUCUCUCUCACCAGCACCACUCACACCUCGCUCUUCCAUAUAUCGCCGCAGCUCCGGUCUCCGUGGAAGGAAGUCGACUUCAUCAUCUGUGUCUUCCGUCCGGAGCAUUCACACUCACCACCAUUCCCUCUCACGCGCCUCCACUACAUCUUCUAAUUCUGUGGCUUCCCCUUCUCUCAGCACACAUUCUCGCGCCAUCUCUAGAUCCCCGCAUACAAGUGGCAGCGUUAUAGUCUUGCCGCCAUCUACACCCACGUCCUCCGUCACAGGCACUUUCCCCUCUGGCAUCAGAGUCGCUCGACGACCUCCUCCUGGAAAUCUCGGAUCGCUCCCCACGCUGACUACCCAAACCUUGAACUCGCCGAUGAAUUACACCUUUGGUCCCGCAUCACCAGGCAUGCAUCCAGUGUUUGCCAAAAAGAAAAGAAGCGUCUUCAAAGGACCAAGUCUGGGCAAUACACCAGGCGCUCGAGGCCGUGGCUCAGGAAGCAACUCUGCAGAAGGCAGUCGAGGUACCAGCGCACAAGGACGCCGAAGCAACGAGAUUACAAUCGCCGAAGAAGAUGAGGAAGAGGAAGUAUCAGAAGAGCCCAAAGACUUCUUCUCGAGCAAAGUCACCUUGCAAGCACAAGGAAUGAGACUGGUUGAAGAAGACGAGGAAGAAGAGGAAAUGCUGUUUGAAGAAGUAGAGUCUUUCUCCCCGGUCGAGGAGGACAGAACCGCUUUCAUUAUCGAGGAGGCAGACGAAACCAUCAUUCCUGUCGUCCCCGAUGACACCCCUCAAACCACAACCACCACCUCCUCCCCCGAGCUCACCAGAGACGCCAAAACCAUCGCCUCUGACGUCCUAAGCCGCAAAGUCAUCGACGAAAACGGCAUCGCAGAAGAGGACGAAGAAGGAGACAAAACCGAAGGCUUGGGCAUCAGUGGCGCCGGUGCAUCCGACGUCGAUCAAACACCUAGUGUUGGAUACGAUAGGAAAAACUCUGUAGUAUAG